CGUGUUUAAUCUUUAUUGAUAAAAUCAAGCUCGACUAUGGCUGGACUAUAUAUCUGCCUUCUCGCUCUCUUCAYUACCUUCAAAUUUACAGAAACUYUAAAAUGCCACUCAUGUAGCAACAUCGACUCCUACGACAGCUGCUUGGAAGAAAAAGUAAUCGAGGAAUGCCCUGCAAGCUUACUCUGUGCGAAGUUUUCCUACAAGUUAMGGAAGGAUAAUGGCGACCUUCUUCAAGUCUAUGGCAGGGCCUGUCAGAAUGAGGACAACUGCAAGGACCCUAAGACGCUUUGCCGCACCUCGAAUCUUAUGAGCGAAUGCGAUAUUUAUUGUUGUGACGAUAAAGACAUGUGUAAUGCUGGCUCAUAUUAUCGGGUCAGCGGUCUUCUUUUGCUCCUACUUUCUCUAUAUAUACCACUCUUUCAUACGUAG